GCAGCAGCAGCGGCGAGCGCGGCGCCUCCUGCGCGCCAUGAGCACCGGCACAGUAACACAAUCCCAGGCUGUUCAUAGCCAACUGGAGAAGCCAUCAACUACUGCAAUUCUUUGCAAUACCUGUGGAAAUCCAUGCAAAGGAGAAGUUUUGAGAGUUCAGAACAAGUAUUUCCAUAUUAAGUGCUUUGUUUGCAAAGCUUGUGGAUGUGACCUGGCUCAAGGAGGAUUUUUUGUGAGACAGGGAGACUACAUCUGUACUUUGGACUACCAGAGACUCUAUGGCACACGGUGCUUCAGUUGUGAUGAAUUCAUUGAGGGAGAAGUGGUGUCAGCAUUGGGCAAAACCUAUCACCCAGACUGUUUUGUGUGUGCUGUCUGCAGGCUGCCUUUCCCUGCAGGUGACCGGGUAACUUUUAAUGGGAAGGAGUGCAUCUGUCAGAAAUGUUCCCUGCCCCCUUCCAGCAGCACUGGCUCUUUCCCUGUACAGAACCUGCGAAAUUGUGGGGGCUGUGGUUCAGAAAUUAAAAAUGGGCAGUCACUGGUUGCCUUGGACAAACACUGGCAUUUGGGCUGUUUUAAGUGCAAUACAUGUGGCAAGCUACUGAAUGCAGAGUACAUCAGCAAGGAUGGUGUUCCAUAUUGCGAAACGGACUAUCAUGCAAAGUUUGGGAUCAGAUGUGACAAUUGUGAAAAGUAUAUCACAGGCAGAGUGCUUGAGGCAGGAGAAAAACAUUAUCACCCAACGUGUGCACGAUGUGUCAGGUGCAAUCAGAUGUUUGCAGAAGGAGAAGAAAUGUAUCUUCAAGGUACAUCCAUUUGGCAUCCAGUUUGUAGACAGGCUGCAAAGGCUGAAGAAAAAAACAAGGAAACGAGGACUUCCUCUGAGAGUAUUAUUUCUGUACCUGCUUCAAGUACAUCAGGUUCCCCAAGCCGUGUGAUCUAUGCAAAGCUUGGAGAUGAAAUUCUUGACUACAGGGAUUUGGCUGCUCUUCCUAAAAAUAAAGCCAUCUAUAACAUUGACCGCCCAGAUAUGAUCUCCUAUUCUCCAUAUAUCAGUUACUCUUCAGAUGACAGGCAUAGUUACGGGGAGGGUGACCAAGAUGACAGAUCUUUCAAGCAGUACAGGACGUCAAGUCCUAGCUCUGCUGGCUCACUGGGCUAUGGUCGCUAUACUCCAACCUCCCAUUCUCCUCAGCAUUUCAGCAGACCAGCAGCAAGAAGAUCAGAAGGGGAGGAUGGAAGCAUGGAUCAGGACAGUAAAAAGCUGAAGACCAGUUGGCUUAUUCUGAAGGGGGAUAUGGACACCAGAACUAACUCCCCGGAUUCAGACACGCGGUCCCUGUCUCUGGCUGCUGACAGAGAAAACUUCCCGAGGGCACAGGAGACUGCCGGUUACUCCAGAUUUCCAUAUGCUAAAUCUGCUUCUCUACCUGGCUAUGGAAAGAAUGGCUUACAUCAGCCUGAAAAUAUGGGCCAAUACGAAACGGACCAGGACGCGAGCUGGGGCACGAAAGAAUACAAGAUUUAUCCUUAUGAAACACUUAUUGUAACAAACCGAGUUCGUGUGAAAUUGCCUAAGGAUGUGGACAGGACCAGGCUGGAGAGGCAUUUGUCUCCUGAAGAGUUCCAGGAAGUCUUCAAAAUGAGCAUUGAGGAAUUUGAUCGUCUGGCACUUUGGAAGCGGAAUGAUCUGAAGAAAAAGGCCCUGCUUUUUUAGACCCUCCCAGAUAAAAUAUGUGCUUACUCAAAACAAAAAUAGUCUUGCCAGAACUAUCACAUGCACUUGCUGUUGAACCAUUGUCCAGCUUCAUUGUGUUAGUAUGUGUCAGGGGAAACAGGACAGAUUAGAUGGCAAUGUGUUGGAAUACAGAGAAUUUGCUAAUCUUGCAUGACCAGCUGGUUUUGUCAGUAACUCCUGGUCCUACCCAGUUUACAACUUGCAAAAAAUCUAGCUUUAAAUUUAUUGUUGCUUGCAGUUAUUGCUUGAUGCAAAUGGAAAUUCUGAAAGGAAGAGAAAAAAAGUGUAGCUGUGACAAAGGAAAUACAUCCAACAUUUUGUUCCAUUAAGUUUUACAACACAAUUUUUACAAAGUCAAGUAAGUAAGGAAUAUAAAAUUCUAUAACAGGGAAUUACAUGCUAUUAAAAACAUGGUAAAAGCCAAAGAACAGCAUGUCCUCAAGCAACUAUUGCAAUUGUUUAUGUGUGGUACUUUUUAAGAAUGAAAGCAAAAAUAUGGAAGCACCUUAAUUCUUAUAUUUAGACACAGCCUACUCUUUGAAAGGUCAUAUUUGUCUAGAAGGUAACUAGCUAUCUUUAAUUACAACACAAGAGUUUUUAUUUUAUUAAGAAUAUAUUGUGACAUAAAACAGUUAUAAUGACUAAAAUGUAUACAGAGCUACUUAAAAACUUAGUCCCAUUCAUCUGGAAAACUGAAGCCUUAUACAAAACUGGUUUAAGAGUAUAUUGUGCCAGUUAACUGUAUUUUCCUGCUAGUUUGGGGUUUUUUGAGAAGUUUUUUUUUUACAUUUCAUGCUGAUAAAAAUACCAUGUAAUCUUAAUUAUAUGUAGAUAUAUCUAUCUAUCUAUCUAUAAAAGAAUUAUUUUCAUUAACAUAUGUCCUAAUUAAAGACAUUCUUACUUUCUCCACUUUCUGGCUUUACAUGCUAAGCCAUGAGAAUUGAGAUGGCAAUUGUUAGGUGUAGAAAUGGAACAGUUCAGCAUAAAAUGUAACAAAAAAAGCUUAGUGUGCUCUAUCAAUAAUACAUCCAAUUAUAAUCAAAUAUAUAAAACCAUCAUGCACUACUAUUUGCAUGUUUCUGUGCAAAUCAAUUUAAAAGAAAACAAACCUAUGUGAUACUGAUGCAGUACCUUGGAACUAUCUUAAAUAACAAGCAAAGCUAACAAAAUCUAAGCAUUUGAUAUGAGCGUUAGACCUUAAUAUCUCUUCCAGCUGAAAGACUGUAUUAAAUAUAAUACUUUCAUAUGGUCAGAAGUAUGGUUGCUGACAAAGAAUGUUUUAAAGUGAGUUGCUAGUUUCGUGUGAUACUAAAAGAGCAUAACAAAAAGUACAUUUUUCAGCCAUGUGUCAGUAUUCUGCAUUUUUACUGCCUUGAAUGUUUGUACUCACUUCCUACUUCACUAUGUCUUUUUGCAUUUCCUUAAAGUAACUGGUUAAUAUAUGCACUACAACACACUAUUUCAACUGACUCAGCAUUGGAAAAACCAUAGCAUUGAAUGUGUCUUCUUCGAACUAACUUUGAAAGUCCAUGCUGUUGGAAAUUAAUAUUUUCUCAUGACCUAAAUGUUUUGUCUGAUGAUACAAAUGUUUAAAAAAUUCAUUAAACAAAGAAAGAACUAAAUGA